AUUUCUACAAGUCUAGUUCCCAUACUCGCCACUGCAAGUGCUCGUUUACCUUGUGAUGGCUGUCAUGUGAUGGGUAAUUUUCUCGGUCGUCAGAAGUGGUGAUUGCAUAUUGGGUGGAUUUGUAAGCCAACGAUACGGAUAAACACACACAAAAUGAGAGCUUUAUUGGGAUAUACAUUCUCUGGCACAGCCUUGAUAACUUGCACCGUCCUGACCCUCUACUAUGUCUUGACGGGAAAAGGCGAACAAGUCAGCGUAGGAUGGUUCCUGGGUAACACAUCGCCCUAUAUGUGGGCCUGCCUUGGUAUCGGAUUGUCAGUUGCACUUUCCGUAGUUGGCGCUGCCCUUGGAAUCCACACGACAGGAGCUAGUAUCGUUGGCGGAGGCGUCAAGGCUCCUAGGAUCAAGACUAAGAAUCUUAUCUCAGUCAUUUUCUGCGAGGCUGUGGCAAUCUACGGACUGAUUACAGCCAUCGUCCUGUCGGGAUUGCUGGACAGCUACAAUUCUAAGGAUGUGGAGUUGGUAUACAGAAUUCUGGAAAUCAACUGGACAGCUGGAUAUGUGCUCUUCGGUGCUGGUGUUGCUGUUGGUUUGGUCAACUUGUUCUGCGGUAUCGCGGUGGGUAUUGUGGGCUCUGGGGCUGCCUUGUCGGACGCCGCCAAUCCUGCUCUGUUCGUAAAGAUUCUGAUCGUUGAAAUUUUCGGUUCGGCUAUUGGCCUUUUCGGUCUAAUUGUGGGCAUUUACAUGACGUCUAAAGUCAAGAUGGGCGACAAAGUCGUAUCCUAAUUGGCCUCCGUCAGUAGCUCUAUCUGUAAUUUUAACGUACAUAGUUUUUCGUGUUGAAUCAUUCCACAUAUACACAUCAAAUCACGAACAAGUUUCGAAGAGAGAAUAAGAAGGUAACAUCUAAGAGAAAAGUCCGACUGUGACACGACGAAGCGAGCAACAUCAGAGAAGGUUUUAGGCGUAAGAUUUUGUUGAUUUCUUUUUUUUUUUGUUGUCCUAAAAUGUUUAAGAUAUAGGAAGCUGUCAAAAGCUCGCAAAUUUAUUACCAAAUCCGCUGGUGCGGCCGUCUACCCAUUUUCCUUAAUAUUUCAUUAACCAUACGACUACCGAGCGCUUUAUAUGAUGGAGCGUGUGUAGCGAAAUUAUUUGAACAUAAUGCAGUUUUUCGUUUGCCUUUUCGACGAGUGAUAUAUUUCAUUUAAGUAUUAUAAACUUAUAAACCGUUGUUCAAAUAAAUGUAGAAAUAUCUGA